AUGCUCAGACCCCAAGAAAUUGAGCAGAUGUACGACAGCAACGUCAGCUUCGAGGAUAUGCUAGCGCUUCUCAAUGCCACAGACCAUUACGACGCCUGGAAAAGUGAGUGGUCAGUCCUUGUGCAAGAUCAGUGGCAAACGAUGGUCAUUAUAAUCUACUCUUUCGUCAUCAUAUUCGGCUUUUUCGCUAACCUGCUCAUCGUGGUGGUCAUUAUCCGCUACAAACAGCUCCACACCGUCACCAACAUCUUCAUCUGCUACUUGGCGUUAGCCGAAGUGGCGCUGUGUAUCAGCGAUAACUGGAUGUUUGGCAGGAUCCUGUGUUACGUGGCCAUGCCAACUUUUGGGGUGCCUCUGUUCUCCUCCUCCCUGGCUAUCCUCAUGAUCGCCGUGGAUCGCUACAUGCUGAUUGUGUACCCUUUCAAGACACGGAUAUCCAACAGGCAGGCCAUUCUAGCAGUUGCCUUGAUCAUUGUCUUCACCAUGGCUUUAUCCACGCCGCUGAUUGUUUUCGUCGAUUAUGUGGAAUUUUACCAUCCUCUCAUGAAGGAACAAAAGACAUACUGCUCCGAGUCUUGGCCAUCCUUCCUGGACAAACAGAUCUACUCCGUGUCAACCUUCCUCCUACAGUUUGUGCUCCCUCUCUGCCUGACAUCCUAUUUCUACAAGCACAUCUGCCAAGUGCUUAACAACCGACCCGUCAAGAAACAUGACACUAGGAGGAACCAACGGACCAACAGAAUCCUUAUUGCCGUGGUGCUGACGUUCACCGUCUGCUGGCUACCUUGGAAUCUCUUUGCCCUGACUGCCGAGUUCAGCCACCAGCUUGUCAAGGGUCGUUACUUCACUCUUGUCGAUCUCAUGCUCAAGGUGGUUGCCAUGAGCCCAGCAUGUAUCAACCCGUUUCUGUAUGGCUGGCUAAACGACAAUUUUAAAAAAGAACUGGGAAAACUGUUCGGGUAUCGCCUUUGUUGGCGGCGGGCUACUAGGCGAGGAGGAAUGUCGUAUUCUAGGACAACAGACGUUAACGGUACAACAGCCAAAUCGGAAAUGUUCCAGAACAGCAAACCAGACAUGACUGUUGUAUGA